CUUACUCUUUAGGGAAAAAAGGAAAAAAAAAAGCUCAUUAAAAAUUAGGAGCAAUGGGUUCUAUUAUGAAGAGGAAGAAGAAGAGCUAUUUUCUCCUCCCUUUUCUCUUUCUUAUUUCCAUUUUGCUGCAGAAACCCACCUCUGCUGCUAAAAAGUCAUAUGUGGUUUACUUCGGAGGCCACACUCAUGGCUCUGAAGAAGCCUUUUUAGACUCCUAUGAGAGAGUCACAGAUGCCCAUUACGAAUUUUUGGGCUCAGUAUUAGGGAGCAAGGAGAAGGCCCAAGAUGCAAUCUUUUACUCGUACACAAAUUACAUCAAUGGCUUUGCUGCUUCCCUCGAAGAAGAAGAAGCAAUGGAGAUCUCAAAGGAUUCCAGUGUUAUAUCAGUGUUUCCAAAUAGAGGGCACAAAUUACACACAACUCGAUCCUGGGAUUUCCUUGGGCUGGAGAGGAAUGGGAGAGUGCCCCUCAACUCCAUUUGGAGCAAGGCCAAUUUUGGAGAAGAUGUUAUUAUUGGAAACCUUGAUACUGGUGUGUGGCCCGAGUCAGAGAGCUUCAGGGAGGAAGGCAUGGGGCCGAGCCCCUCGCAGUGGAGAGGAAUCUGUCAGGAUGAGCCUGAAAAAGGAGCUGGUUGCAACAGGAAGUUGAUCGGAAUGAGGUACUUCAACAAGGGGUACCUGUCGGCGGUGGGCCCCGCCGUCUCCGCCGCCUCGGCCCGCGACACCGCCAAAGGCGGAGCCCCGAAUGCACGCGCCGCGGCGUACAAGGUCUGCUGGCCCCCGGUCAACGGCAGUGAGUGCUUCGACGCCGACAUCCUCGCGGCGUUCGAUGCCGCCAUCCACGACGGCGUGCACGUGCUCUCCGUGUCCCUUGGCGGGGGCCCCACCGACUACUUCAAGGACGGCGUGGCGAUCGGCUCGUUCCACGCCGUGAAGAACGGAGUGACUGUCGUUUGCUCGGCCGGCAACUCCGGGCCUGACCCGGGCUCGGUGUCGAACACCGCACCGUGGAUCAUAACCGUCGGGGCGAGCACGAUGGACCGCGAGUUCCCUGCCUAUCUUUUGCUAUCCAAUAAAAAGCAAAUCAAGGGACAAAGCCUUUCUCCCUCGGGGCAUCCAGGAAACAAGUACUAUCCUAUAAUCCGCUCUGCACAAGCCAAAGCUGCAAAUGCGACAGAGGAUGAAGCAGAUUUGUGCCUGCAAAAAUCUCUCGACCCCGCGAAGGCGGGGGGGAAGAUAGUCGUUUGCAUCCGCGGAAACAACGCGAGGGUGGAGAAAGGAGAGGUGGUUCGCGAGGCUGGCGGCGUCGGGAUGAUCCUCGCCAAUGACCAGGCAACGGGAAAUGAGCUCAUCGCAGACGCGCACGUUCUUCCCGCCACCCAUAUCUCCUAUUCCGACGGCCUCGCCCUUCUCUCCUACAUCAACUCCGCCAAGUCGGCAGCGGGGUACAUUACAAGCCCUAAAACCGAUAUCGGUACGAAACCGGCUCCUUUCAUGGCCGCUUUCUCUUCUCAGGGGCCAAACACUAUCACCCCUGAGAUCCUCAAGCCUGAUAUUACAGCACCAGGGGUUAGUAUUCUCGCUGCGUACACCGGUGCAUCGGGGCCGACGGGAUUAGCCUUCGACGACCGCCGUGUGCUCUUCAAUUCGGAAUCAGGUACGUCGAUGUCGUGUCCCCACGUCUCGGGCAUUGCGGGCCUCCUCAAAGCUCUUCACCCGGAGUGGAGCCCUUCUGCAAUCAAGUCUGCUAUCAUGACUACAUCGAGAAUUCAAGACAACUUGAAAGAGCCGAUGAAGAACUCGUCCUUCUUGAAAGCCACUCCGUUCAGCUACGGCUCAGGCCAUGUCCAGCCGAACCGCGCCAUGGAUCCAGGCCUUGUUUACGACCUAGGCGCGAACGAUUACUUAAACUUCUUGUGCUCCUUGGGCUACAACUCGACCCAAAUCGCCACAUUCAGCGUCGAGCCCUACACAUGCCCUUCUAAACCUGCAAAGCUCGAAGACUUAAACUACCCCUCCAUCUCCAUCCCGAACCUCGCAGGCGAAAUUACUAUAACCAGAACGGUGAGAAAUGUCGGUACACCGGGAACGUACAGUGUUCGCGUCGAGGAGCCGCGCGGGGUUUUGGUGCUUGUGGAGCCAACAAGCCUUAAAUUCGACAAAGUGGAUGAGGAGAAGAGGUUCAAGGUCAUUUUCAAGGCCAAGGAGAGGAAUUUGAGAGGAGAGUAUGUGUUUGGUAGGAUUAUAUGGUCAGAUGGAAAGCACUUUGUGAGAAGCCCAAUUGUGGUGAAAACAGUGAUGCAUAAGCCUUAACUGGAACAUAAGUUUCUUCAUCUUACAUUGUGGAUUAGAUUAUCAAAAUAGGUCGUCGAUGAAUCGAUUUGACGAAAAAGUUCGGUUAGAUUUAGUUGAGAAGUGAAGAUGGAUGGAUGUAUUGAUCAUUUUGCAAAUUUUCAUGUUUGGAAUAAGAGCAUGAGUGAUUGCAAGUGUUCAGAGUAUGUUGUUGACUGAUAAAAACUGAUGCAUUAAUUUACAAAGCACAAAUUCUAGCAAUUUUCCAAUGAC